GAAUUUUCCCGAUAUACGGAUUCAGUUCAUCUGCAGUUUUCUAGCCGAGAGUACAGAAAAAUAGUUGUGAAAAAUUGGUGUUAUAAACUUGCAUAAUUUAGAGGUGAAAGUAUAUAGCCAAAAUGAAAACUCCACUUAGCCAGACGACGGGCUUCUUUGCCGAAUACUAUCUGAAGCUCAAGGAUCAGGCUGGACCCAGUUGCGAGUCGGACAUCGCCAAGUUAUCAACGUGCAAGAGCGAUGAGGAGCGCGUGGCCUAUGUGGAAAAGUUGCCCUGGGUGCAGGCGGGGGAUGCCAACCUGGUGGUGAACCAGGAGUUCGCCGGCAAGAGCGCUUCUCUGGCGGCGGAGAUCAAGGAGCGGGCCACCGCUGCAUUUAAGGCCAAGAAGUGGCUGGAGGCCAUGGUGCUCUAUACCAGGAGCUAUGUGGCUCUGCCCAGUGAAAAUGUGGCGGAGAUUCGUGUGGUUUUAGCCAAUCGCUCAGCUACCCUGUACCACAUGCAGAAAUAUCAAGAGUGCCUGAUUGAUAUAAGACGAGCCUUAGAUCUAAGUUAUCCCAAGGAUUUGAUCUAUAAGCUGUACGAACGACAGGCCCGUUGCUACUUGGCCCUUAAGGACUAUCCCCACACAAUUGAAUCAUUCAAGAAGUGCAUCACCGCCAUGGAUGACUCCACACUGGCCUCUGACAAGCGUGCCAAGCUGAACCUGGAUGCCAUGACCAUGAUUAAGAUGCUGCAAAACGAUCCACGUUCUGCCAAGCAGGAGGCCAAGCAGCAAAAGCAGAAGAUAGCUUUGGAUCAGGCCAAGCCAGUCAAGUUGGAGAAUGAGUUCGUGAGUCCACUGGUGCGCAUUGAUAGCAAUCGACAGGAGGGUCGCUUUGCCAGAGCCUCAGCAGAUGUGAAGCCUGGCGACGAGCUCCUAGUGGAGCGACCUUUUGUCUCUGUGUUGCUGGAGAAGUUUGCCAAGACCCACUGCGAGAACUGCUUCAUGAGAACUGUGGUGCCUGUGGCCUGUCCUCGAUGCGCCGAUGUGCUUUAUUGCUCGGAGCAAUGUCGGCAGGAGGCCUCUAAGAAGUACCACAAGUACGAGUGCGGCAUAGUGCCCAUUAUCUGGAGAUCGGGCGCAUCCAUUAACAACCACAUUGCUCUGAGAAUCAUUGCUAGCAAACCCUUGGAUUAUUUCCUCAAGUUGAAACCCACUAUUGACGAGGAGCUGACACCUGAACAGCUAAUCAGCCUGCCCAAGGAUGACUUCCGAAGAGUUGCCCAGCUGGAGAGGCAUCAGGGUGAGCGCCAGCCAUCUAACUUCUUUCAGCACGUCCUGAUGGCCCGCUUCCUCACCCAUUGUCUUCGGGCAGGGGGUUAUUUUGGAGCGGAGCCCAAGCCAGCUGAGGUGUCAAUCAUUUGCUCCUUGGUGCUGCGCAGUCUGCAGUUCAUUCAGUUCAACACCCACGAGGUGGCAGAGCUCCAUAAGUUUAGCUCCUCCGGGCGGGAGAAGUCGAUCUUCAUAGGUGGCGCCAUCUAUCCCACCCUGGCGCUGUUCAACCACUCUUGUGAUCCUGGCGUGGUGCGAUACUUCCGCGGCACCACCAUUCAUAUCAACAGCGUACGACCCAUCGAAGCAGGAUUGCCGAUUAAUGAGAACUACGGUCCCAUGUACACACAGGACGAACGAGCGGAGCGCCAGGCGCGUUUAAAGGAGCUCUACUGGUUCGAAUGCUCCUGCGAUGCCUGCAUUGACAAUUGGCCCAAGUUUGACGAUCUUCCUCGGGAUGUGAUUCGCUUCCGCUGCGAUGCCCCAAACAAUUGCUCUGCGAUCAUUGAAGUGCCACCCAGCUGCAACGACUUCAUGGUCAAGUGCGUGACCUGUGGCGAGAUAACCAACAUCCUGAAGGGUCUAAAGGUGAUGCAGGACACCGAGAUGAUGACGCGCACAGCCAAGAGGCUGUACGAAACGGGCGAGUACUUGAAGGCUCUGGCCAAGUUCAUUGAUCUUAUCAGGAUCAUGUAUGAAGUGCUGGCCCCUCCUUUUCCCGACUUCUGUGAGAACCAACAGCAUCUCAAGGACUGCUUCCUCAAUUUGGGCAAUGUCUAUACUUUGGACUAGUUAGGACUCUUGAGAAUUGGAUAAAACAAUGUUUGGCUUCAGACUUAAUUUGCAGAAAUAUAUAAACGAACAAUAAA